AUGACCGCUGACGACCGGAACACGCGUCUCAGGGCUAGGGCACGGCUGGCCCUGAUCAUAAAAUGGGAUGGUGAAAUCGGCGACAUCGGCCCUGGGUUCCCUGAGCUGGAAAAGGAGCUCUUUGGUAAUGCCAAGUCUCGCAACGCCGACAAAGAAGGCGUCGACUUUACUGCGGAUACCCGCUUGUACCAGGAUGGUCUGGUCCAGAUUAAUCCGGUUGCUAGCUUCGAGACUGUAGGCCUACAUCCGGCCAUGCUCAAGAACGUGCAGCUCUCUAGUUACGAUAUUUCUACGCCCAUUCAGCGCUAUUGCCUGCCAGCCAUUCAUCUUGGCUACGAUGUGAUUGCCAUUGCCCAGACAGGCUCUGGCAAGAUCGCAGCUUUUCUCAUUCCAAUCAUCAACAAGCUAAUGGGCAAAGUCAAGAAUCUCACUGCCCCCCCCCCCCUUCACCUGCGUCCGAAUCCCGCUGUUUUCAAGCUUGGUAUCGACAAGGUCCGUGCUGAGCCUCUUGUUGUUACUGUCUGCCCGAGCCGAGGACUGAAGGAGGAGCUGUACAAAAUUAUGGCCGGUGGUGAGCAGGAGGAUACUAACAUCACCUUUAUGUUGUUUUCUGCCACAUUUCCUAAGGCCAGCCACGAGUUGGCGAAGGCUCACAUGGCGGACACUCAUAAUAUCAUCGAAGUCCACCCCUCCUGGAAGGGCAAGGCGCUUAUGGAUUUGGUCAACUCGUAUCCGCCGGCGAGAACCAUCAUUUUUGUCAAUUCCGAGCACACUGCUGAGGAACUUGACGAUUCUCUCUACGAUCAAGAGUUCCCCUGCACCUCGUUGCAUUCUAGACGUACACAACAUGAGCACGAGGCUGCUAUGCGUCGUUUUUGGAGUGGCAAAUCAACUACGAACUUCCUUCGGAGGACUGCGGUGGCAUUGAAGAGCACAUGCAUCGCAUUAGUCGAACUCGACUUUGCCCUUGCCCCAACUAGUGGGGAUUUCAAUGACAACGACUUUGAGGAGGAUGUUGCAGCGGGUGGGUAUGCUGAUGACGCUGGCAACUGUGAUAAUGGAAUGGCUCUGGAGAUGAUUGGGGUGGUCAGGCUGACAACACCGCCGCUGAGCAGGUCGCCGACACCACUGACGGCUGGUGAAGGCGCCUAA